AUGCGCGAGUACAAAGUGGUGGUCCUCGGCAGCGGUGGGGUCGGGAAAUCCGCCCUCACUGUUCAGUUUGUGACCGGGACGUUUAUUGAGAAGUACGACCCGACCAUAGAAGAUUUUUACCGCAAAGAAAUCGAGGUGGAUUCCUCACCCUCUGUUCUGGAGAUUCUUGACACUGCUGGUACCGAACAGUUCGCAUCCAUGCGGGACCUUUACAUAAAAAAUGGCCAAGGCUUCAUACUGGUCUACAGUCUUGUCAACCAGCAGAGCUUCCAAGAUAUCAAGCCCAUGAGGGACCAGAUCAUCAGAGUGAAAAGGUGGGUGAUUUGGGAUCAAAUCCGUGUAUUAUGGAAGGCCUACAGUAGGCCUAUGUCAGAACUGUGCAACGUCUCAUUGUAAACAUGCAUAGACAUGGAUGACAAUGCCUGCUUGCAUUUUCCCAUGUCUAAUCUAUCUAAUCUGACUCCUAUCAUAUAGCCCAUUGACAGAAAACAUAAUCGCUCUCUAAUGGUAGGCCCACUACACAAUCUAUGAAGAACCACCUUUGUGCAGAGUAUACACUCAAAUAACACUCAUUUUGAGGAUGUGGCCUGUGAUGAUACACAACACACAUGCAUACUGCCUACUCUAGCCUAUUAAAGCAGUCUGACCCUGCAUGGGUCUACUAAUGCUAAAUCUAUCCGUGGUCCUGUAUCAUCCAACACUAGACAAUAUCCAUCUCUCUAAAGGCAAUGCAACUGGGUUCUUCAAACAUUAUAAAUUAUAUAUUUAGCGUUGUCUUUACUGCAUGCCUGUGUCUUAUUUUGCAUGGUAGGAGACAUAUGGUUGGUUGGUCAUCUGCUAUUUUUGCCAAUAGCUCUACAGCCAUUUUAGUUUCAAGGCCAUGGUGCUAUUUCUCCUCAGUUAGACACACCAGGCCUUGUCCAUCAAUAGAUCUGAGACCAGUUUCCCCUGCACUUAUUACAGUGGAGAGAUAGUGUCUGUCUCUCUGGCUACCUUGGAUGCAGCUCUGCUCUGUGUGUUUGAUGGGCUGUCCACAAGACUGUAUGCUGGCUGAGCCUAGAUGCUGCAACCCCAGUGAAACAGACAGCUUGAAUACCCAGGAUUCACAGCUCCAGUGACACUGCAGAGGGAAGCAGAAGUCUGAUUCUAACAGACAGACAAACCCUCAAAAUACAGCUAAAGCAAGGGGGGUUGGCAGGAGUUGCUAAAUUUGGAGGAGCACACUGAGAAGCCGGUUUCUGAAGAGAGGAUGUGAUGUUUUUAAUUAGAAACAUGCAAUCUGUUUGUAAAGAAAAAAAACCCCAGAACAAACAGGAAUCAUAGGAAUGAUAAGCACUGUUAUAAUAGGGAUGCUCCAGACAUGAGGUCAUCUUUAGUGGCCGCAUGUCUCAUUGUCCUAACAUUGUCCUAACAUGUUUAUAAUCAUGUUACAACAAUGUGACAUGCUACCCAGAGGACUCGGUUAUCCCUAAGCUUACCAAAGUAAUUCAAUAAGGUUGAGUGUGCAGUGGCCUAAUUUGUGGCAGACUUCAAAAGUGACAACAUGAAUGAGUCAUUCACACUCAAGACCUGGUGACCUGGUUAAGACCCUGUAUAAAUGCACUCCGCCAUAUCAAUACUAUAUUAUCAUCAAACCUGGGCUACAUUCACAUGUUCGUGUCUCCCUCUUCUAGAGUUGAUGUGAAGUGGGAAUCCAGCAUGCACUGAGCUGUGACAGUGUGGCUUCAUCACUCGUUGGAGGUGUCAGUGUAUCUGCCAGGGUGAAUGGAGGGAGUCUGAUGAGCUACAAAGAGACAAGGCUCUCUGCUCACUGAGAAACAUCACAAUGGAGAAAUAGAUUAACAACACAAAACUACCAAAUUACUCCUCAACUUUUCAGUUGGAUCCUCCCAUUGACAUGUUAUACAGCGCCAUCAGUCAUUCCAUAUGAACAUGGUCUCAAGUGAUCUGAUUUCUAGUAAAUACAAUUAUCUGUAGCUGAAAUUGCAUUCUCUCCAAUAUUUACUAUCAUCAUUUCCAUUACCAAUUCAGUUUUUCUUUUUCCUGGCUAUCUUACCAAUUCAUAAGUUCCUUUUCCUGGUUAUCUUGGUGUGUGUUUGUUUCAAUAAAUUCUCGAUCGCUUGGUGUUUGGAUUGCAUUUAAAACCAUUCACAUAAAUGUAUGACUCCAGAUGAAAGAAUGAGGUCAGCAUGUGUUUCCCCCAUAAAGAUGUGAGUACAGGGAGAGGUGUGUGAGGGAAUCUGGAGGGGAGGGAGGCUGCCUAGCUGGCAGGGGCGUCAUCCCCUAGUGUGUGUAUGGGUGUGUGUGUGCACCAGGUGUGGGCCAGCUGUGGUGUGUGGAAUCAGACACACACCCAGGGACUGCCUCCUCUCUCCUCAAGUCUGGUGUCACCUCCCUAAAGGCUUCAGCAUGCGAACGAGUAUGCUCGCAUACUCUCUUUAAAGACCUUCACUUGAAAAACAAGAAAAAAGCUGUACAGUUUGUCCAUUUUUGAGACGCCAUAGCCAGUAUACACUUCCUCAAAACAGUCAGAACGAAUCUAAGAUAACUCAAGAACUCUGUCAUUCAUUUGGACGUUUUUUCCAAGGAGAUUUUAGUCACGCAAUUUUACAUCUAAGAUGUUUCGUGCAGUAUUUCUCAAUGAAAACGUGCAUGAAAACGAGUCAUCUCUCGUUGAAUGACAACAAAGACUUUAUUGAAGAAUCCCUACUGUUGACCAAUCUCCGACUAAGGGGCGUACACUUCGUCUACAGUCUUUGGCUUGCAUCCAGAAAAAAUGCUGUGUGCCCGAACAGCCGAAAAACCCCUAACCGAAGUCCAAAACGAACAAAAAUGUCACAAAAUGUCGUCAUAAUAAAUGCACGAACUCUUCCGAACUGUUUCAGCUGGAGAGCAUGCGGAUGCCUUUAGGCACCCAUGUUACCUAUUCUACUGUCAGACACUCCAAUACCCCAUCACAGCCCCACAGGAACAAAGACAAUGCACAUUUAUGGCCACAUGUACAAUAAAUCACAACAAAUACUUUGCAUGAUAGUUGUCCCUAUACAGUUAGUAGUCACGCUGUAAUUACAAAUGUAUCAACAUGUUAUGACUUUGUAAUUACAUUACAUUUCUUCUUGUGUAACAAAAACCUCUGUUCUCCAUUACUAAGCAACAACAACAUGUUAAUACAAUGUUGUUACUGGGUAUUUGCACAGGUUUAACAACAGUAAAGUGUAGCGAAAACACAUGUAUGGAGUUACGGUUGAUGGGAUAGUGCGAUGUCCUCCAGUCCUAUCUCUGAGAUUGUGGUGACCCUGUGUUGACUAAAUCUCUCCUGUCCCAAACAGUUUGAAGAGAAGAGCAUGGGAACCGUGUUCUCUAGAGUUGAACAGUGUGUUUACAGUAAAUGUUUAUACAGUAGAGGUUAAGUUGGGGUGCUGGGUUGUCUAGACCGGACCAUGGCCAUUUAGCUUUUACCAUGGCUUCCUCUGAUGAUAUCUAUCUGCUUGUAUGACGGCACCACUAAAAAGAAGAGCAUCGUAUCCACAGAUGGUGUUGACUGUCCACUCUUUGUUUAGGGUCAAAAACAUCCUACUCUUCACUUAGGUAAAUGUUUACAAGCUUACAUUCUACCAGUGGUUUACACUAGAGCUGUGUACACUUACAUUCAGAUCCAAGCAGUAAACUAGGAAAUUUACCAUCAUUUUGUAAUGGAAGAUAAUGCUGUCGAAGAGUCAAGUUGAAUGAUUUAGAGCAGUCAGUCAGUCAGUUGUUGUACUGAAGAGUAUAACAAUAUAUAUGACUGUAUUAAUAAGAGUGGAAAGUAUAUUAAAAUACAUUCUAGGGCACUGUUAAUGUCACCACACCCUCCCAACCUGCAGAGGGGUGAAAAUGGAAUGGGGCUCUGGCGCAUAGCCCAGCCAGCAGCCUUGACUUCUCCUCAGGACCCCAUGGCCAAGGAGGCCCCAUGCCCAAUGUCUCUCCUCCAGGGCUCGACGCUGCCCUGUGGAUUAUGCAGCUGUCACUGCUGUUCACUUAGCCUCUCCUGUCCUCGUCACUGUCUCACACAGGAGCUGUCCCGGCGCCCGCCCAAGUCAGAGGCGCUGGUGUGUGUCGCGCCCGUCCCGAGCCUUGUCAGUGCUCAUCAGUGUCUGCCACCUGUCAGUGGCACAGGGCUGCAUUAACAGAGGCCAUGGGGGCAAAUUAUUAGCUUCACUCGCACCCUGCCCCUCCAUGCCCGCUGGGGGGCUCAUCACCUUGCUUCAGCAACAGUUAGCCAUGCACAGGUGAUGCCGGCUGACGGGUGGCACAGGACGUGCUAGUGCACCCAGAUAUGAUGUAAAUCAUGGUAAAGGAGGAGGAACAGGGAUCAUUUACCUUCUGGGUGAUGUUGUACUUCUUUCCAUUGUCAGCCAGUGGACUUAGCCUAUGUUAUGGUCACAGGGUCAGAAUGAGACUAUCACAUAAGGUUAUUGUAGUUCUCACAGUAUUUUCAUGGUGGAAGGCAGGACUUAUCCUAUGGUGCAGUGAUCUAGUACUGCAGAACAUACCAAUCAAGUCAACCUUAAAGGAGUUUGCCAUGUGCCGAAUGUCGAUUGGUUAAAAUGAUCUUGGGUAUAUGGUUGUCCAAUAGUGUCCUAAUUAGGCUUGAGCGGUAUCCAGAUUGUCAUACCUUCAUACUGACUUUGUGCCAUACCGGGAUGUUCGGUAAUACCGGCACUGAACACAAGGGGCGCUAUUUUCAAACCCCACUGAGCCUUUGUAAUCCGAUGAUUAGCAAUGCUAACAAGAACAUGUAAAAUCCCAUAGAGAAUGCUAACUAGAUGAUAACGAGGACAGACAUCCCAGCUCAUAAAGUUAUACAAGUAACAAUGAAAAUGCUACUCACAGUUUGCUGCACGCACAAAACUAAUAUUAGCCAGCAAGGCUCUUGAUCCAGGAGGGGAUUCUCUGCUGUUACCGCCAAGCGAAGCUUGAUUUUGGAAGAAGCUAACCACUUAGCAAGAUAGCUAACUAGCUACUAAAUUAGCCAACCAAAAGCACAACUGCAGAGCAUUUAGCACAUUUUAGACAGUUAACUUAAUAGUUAUAAGAUAUCUAGCUGGCAAACAUUUAGUUGUAAAUUCCAUACUGUAACUAGAUCACCUGGCCUGUGCUGACAACAGUGAGUGAUUUACAAGGCUCCUGUCUCGUUGUUGUGUGCUUGUAAACAAACAUCACGUGACUGGGGACUACUAGUAAGCUUCAUAAUGACAAAUUAUGUGACAGGUGAAAUGAAAAAUGCGAUCUUCUUUAUUUCUUAACAUAUUGCACAAGUUGACUGCAGGUAUUUACUUAAAAAGUAGCUAAAAAUAGUGUCAACGGUAUUGACGGUAUACGACCCAAGCCUAGUCCUAAUUUCUCCUUGCACAGCAUUCGGGUGAAUUACUUUGGUCUUUAUCUUUAUGUUAUUGUCAAAGCCCUGGCUCAGUCACAGACCAACAUGCCAUGAAUUCUGUCCUGCAGGCUGCAUAUUUCUAUAACACCCGUGUGAUUAGAUGGAGGAAUAUCCUAUUUGAUAAAAAGUUAACUUGUAAAAAAUCCACAGAUUCAUCGCUUUCAUGUGAAUUUCAAUAGCCCUGUCAAUGUUCCCCCUGUCAACACCACCCACAUAUUUGUUUCACCCAGAUCAAGUGGAGCAGGGCCUUUAUAAAUACUUAUGCAGGAUACUCUUACUUUGUCUAUUUGUCUAAGCCUGGCUUGAGCAUCAUAAAGCAGAGCUACUCGGAGCGAAAAAUGGCAAGGCAAUCGAAAAGAAUGACGCAGUCUACAUUGUGUAGUAGAGUGACGAUAUACGUGAUUGCACUGUUGUUAAGAGUGACAUUAAUGUUUGAUGCUUAAGCUGCUAUUGUUGAUGAUGACUGAGGGGGAGAGAAAAUAACAUGCAAUUACAAGAGCAGCAGAGAAACAAGCAGCCUCAAGCACACAUUUCUUCUUUCUGUUGUUUUAAGUCACAAAUGCUUAUAUUUCUAUGUAUCCUGAAAAGAAGUGAUAGAGCGACGAUGAGGACGUUUUAUUGGUGACAAUUUACAAUUACAGAAGGUUAUCCUACCACUAUUUGUGGUAAAUGGGUGAUACUAGAUAUAUGAUGUAGGAAAGCUUCAUGUGCAUGCAAUUUAUUAUUAUUAUUAUUAUUAUUAUGUCCAGGUGAUCCAUCCCAUGGAUAGCUGAAGAGAGCUUCAUUUACUUUUAUUAUGAUGUACAUGGGCUCAUGCUCCAUAGCGUGAGCCACUGUAAUCUUCAUGUAGACCCAGAGGUCAGGGAAGAGGGGUUGAAACUGACUGACUGUGUCACUCUGAGCCACAGUUUCUAUUUAUAAAUCCCAUAAAUUAGACCAAUCUAAUCUUAGCUCCUGUGCUUCUCUUCUCCCCUCUCUUCAGCCAGCAUGGGGGGGAGUAAAAACAGAUUUCAAAUUAAACACAGUCAGUAACAUUUCAGAUUUGGUGAUGUUGAUUAAAUUAGAUAUUUUAUGUAAUUUGUAGGAGUGUUUGGUUUAUUUAUUUUCCCUCUGAUUUUGCUAUUCUAAACCUCCAGGAAGAGGAACAAGCUCAUUCAUCAGACCAUGACCGAAUGUUUGAGGGGGCCUAAUGUGGGUGUAUUUCUGUCUUCUGAAGAAAAGCACCAAAUCACCCAUAAAACUGCAGUCUGCAGACAGGGCAUAAGUGGGCCGUCUAAUAUCUCCAAUCUAGCAAUGACAAUAAUGCAUGUCUAGCAUUUGUCACUCGCUUCAUUUCUAACUGGAACAUCUCCCGUUUUUGACAAACUCGUCUUGUCAUAUUCUGAGAAUAGUAUCAGAGGUUUACAGGAAACAGGAAGGCGUGGAUAUCCUCUUGCUACCUUGAGACAGUUGGAAGGAUCCAAGGAGAUUGUUUCAAGGAGCCCAAAGUAAUAUCUCAGCUGUUGUCUGCUUUUGUCAUUUAUGAGUCAUCCUCCCAAAUAGCAGAGGGAUCUUUUUGGCACAUCCCGACAUUAGUGCGAUACAGCCUUUCUGGGAUCAGGAGCUGGAGAUGUAUUUAAAAGUCCUCUCCCCUGGACUGUGGUGGAGCUCAUUUGUACCCUUGACUCAGCUUUAUCCAGCCUCCUGAGUCAGCUCCAGUCAGACCCACUCCUCAGCAGGGCGCCACUGUGUGGACUCACUGAGACACAUAAACACAGUCAGCCUGAGGUACAGGAGACUCAGGACAGACUCCAUCUCACUGUGCAGGGACCUGGCUGGCCCUUUUCACCAUGUAGGCCAGGCUGGCUGGCUGUCGCUCAGCUAGGGCCCGAUAAACCCAGCGGCCGGGCCCAGAGACCACCAGGCAGCUCCCACCCUGCUUCCCUAGGCCCAGGCCUAUAUCAGUGGAUGCAUCAUGCAUUAUAAAUAGGGGUGUCUGGGAGAACUGCGCUGGGUGUUUUGCAGCGAGAGUGUUUCAGCCACAUGCAUGUAGUCAGACUGACAGACAGACAGACAGGCAGACAUACAGACAGUGGGAGGGUAUGUGGAAUGUUGGCAUGCUGGGCCGUUUAUGUGUGUUGAUGACUACUGCUCACGACUUCCGAGUGGAGAAUGCAUAACGACGGGCUCAAACCUCAGUAGAGGAAUAAGAAUAAGCUACCCUGGACCUUUUCUGCCCACCCCCAUCCUCACUGCCUGCACCCAGCACCUGGCCCAGACCCAGAGUGGCCAUUGUGCCCAACACCCUUCAUGCUAAGUCCCUGUGAAGCUCUGGUAUCCGUGGCAGCCGUCCUCACACACCUCCUGGGAUUGCAGGUUUCCCCUCUGUUAUUACAGCUAUUUAUAGCCCCUCUCCUCCUUUGGCGCCAGAUGACAAGUUUUUUCUUUGUGCUGCCUGCACUCCUCCUCGGAGUGGCUGUUCUGCCAUGAGACAGUUAGGUAGCCUAUCAAGUCUGUCAUUAUGUUAAUGUAUGGAAUGGAUGGCAGGAUAUGUUUUCAUUUGACUUCUUCUCUCCCGUCACUGCUCUCCUCUCUAGCUGAUCAUCCAUCAUGAUCAUCUGGGGUUCUUUGGGGUGGUUUUCAUGUGGAUUUUACAGUGAGUGCCAUUGCUAUAGAAUUUCAUUUUCAUUUCAGAGCGCUGAGAAGCAGACAGCUGUGACAAUAGCACAGAGGACAGAGGUUGUGUUAUAAGCUCUUCAGAGGAUCAGAAAUCAUUUUCCAUUAGAGCUCACUGAGUCUUAGAGCCAGGCUCAAUCCCUUACCAAAUAGUGCUAAUUUUGCUCUUGUCUCUGUGCACACACUAACGCACACAUGCUCUAGCAUAAACACACACUCCCAUCCCACUGUUAUCCAUGUUCCCUGAGCCACAGGGUUCUUCAGGACAUGCCUUCCCAUGAAUGUGUGGAGAGCAGGUUGUAAUUGGAGGUGGCUAGGCAGUAUGUGAGCUCGUGAUGACUCCAUAUGAGCAAGGGCUAAUAGCGAUGGCCCCGCAACCACAGCCCUGUUUAGAAUAGAAACGCCCACCCCUGCAGGGGACCAUCAUUACCUGUGCCCAAUGUGGGUUUUCUCUUAACGGGUACAGCCACCACAGAGGCAGAGCCUGGCCCGGCACGGCCCUCCAUUCCACACACCCACCACUAUGAUUAGGGCCUCUCAAUGAACACGGAGAGGGAGUGUAUAGUUUGACUGCAUAUUUUUACUGUCGCCACAAAGAUGUGUUCCAAAAUAGCAUUGCUAACCUUUAUUUAUACAGGUUUUUCUCAUUGAGAUAAAAAUCUAUUUUUCAAGAGAGACCUGAGAGUUAGGAAUGCUAUCAAUGCUAUUUUUUCUCAGUCGACACCUGUUUCAGCUGUUUGAACAAUAGAUGGACUGUACGUUUUGGGUUCAAAAGGCUAUUGUUUUCCAGCUGUACUGUAACAAGAUGUGUGGUGGCUGGCUAGCAGGUAGCCCACUGUAUUGUGCUUCAUAGUCACACACGGUAGCUCACAGACCCCUGAAGUCUACUGUUUUAUCCCUGUAGUUCUUGGCUUGCCCACAGAAUGGGGAUGGCAGAGAUUAGAGUUAAUUCUAGAUAAUAUAUUCAGGACUAGAUCCAAUUGGCCCUCCUGUAGCUCAGUUGGUAGAGCAUGGCGCUUGCAACGCAAGGGUUGUGGGUUCGUUUCCCACGGGGGGCCAGUAUGAAAAAUGUAUGCACUCACUAACUGUAAGUCGCUCUGGAUAAGAGUGUCUGCUAAAUGACUAAAAUGUCAAUUGGAUCACUAAAAAAAUUGAGCUCGUUAUUCUUUGCCAGAUUAAGCUUAUUUAGCACCGGAACCUGCAGACCAUGGCCCUCAUGAGAAGCUCAGAUUCCUCUACUUAAGAAAGUAUUAGUCAUUGAUUCUCUCUAUCUCUCCAGUCUCCAACACUAUGAGUGUCCUUGUGUACCUGUUACCAUAGCAAUCAAGGACGAGUGUUUUUUCCUGUCAAAUAGCGUUAAAUAAUUUAGAGGCAUGAAUAUUUCAUACAGGGAGGCUAACCUUUGAUGCUGAAAGGUGUCAAGGAGCAUGAUUCUCCUGUGAUCUGUUUGUGCUCAAUAACAUGAGAAGAGAGGCGUUCUGAGUGGGGUUCAUAGCGGGUGUGUUCUGGUUAAUAUUAUCACUAGUGAGAGAGCUCCUACUUGCAGAUAAUAAAUAAAAGCAGAGGCUUUAUUCUCUGUGAUGUAUCCGAAAUAGAGUUUCCUAAUUCCUUGGAUGCACCACGCCAAUAUCAGCAACUCCUCAUGGCAUGUCUCCAAUUUUCUGAAAUGUUGUCAAUAAAACUGAUUCUUUGCAUUGAUCAAUAAGAUGGAGACAUUUUGAAUCAUGUCCGUUAAAUAUUUGUGGUACUCUUCAUUGAGAGUGUUAGUAUUAUAAAACGUUGAAGACUUAAGGUCCUUCAUUAAAAAUAUGAUGUAACAAUGUCUUUCUGGCCCUCGUGCAAGUAACCCAGUUCCUCAGUGGGAGCACUCAACCAAUUUGGAGGAGAGUUUAAAGCUCACCAGAUUAUGGCCUCUUCCUGCCCCUAAGGGAUUGUGGGUGAUUUUUCCCACUUCCUGUUGACUGCUGGGCUUGUUAAGUACUCGAGUUGUCACUCAUAGUAAUAGGAAUAUAGCAUGUGGGCAGUAUAGAUUUCUUCCUCAGCAAGCCACCUCUUAGAACUGUGAUUCCCAGGCCUUUUAGAUUAUACAGUGCAUUCGGAAGGUAUUCAGACCCCUUGACUUUUCCACAUGUUGUUACGUUACAGCCUUAUUCCUCAUCAAUCUACACACAAUACCCCAUAAUGGCAAAGCAAAAACAGGUUUUUCUACAUUUUUGCAAAUUUACUACAAAUACAAAACUGAAAUAUGACAUUUACAUAAGUAUUCAGACCCUUUACUCAGUACUUUGUUGAAGCACCUUUGGCAGCGAUUACAGCCUCGAGUCUUCUUGGGUGUGACGCUAAAAGCUGGGCACACCUGUAUUUGGGGAGUUUCUCCCAUUCUUCUCUGCAGAUCCUCUCAAGCUCUGUCAGGUUGGAUGGGGAGCGUCACUGCACAUCGAUUUUCAGGUCUCCAGAGAUGUUAGAUCUGGUUCAAGUCCGGGCUCUGGUUGGACCACUCAAGGACAUUCAGAGACUUGUCCCGAAGCCACUCGUGCAUUGUCUUGGCUGUGUGGUUCGUUGGCUUAGGGUCGUUGUCCUGUUGGAAGGUGAACCUUCGCCCCAGUCUGAGGUCCUGAGUACUCUAGAGCAGGUUUUCAUCAAGGAUCUCUCUGUUUCGAUCCCAGGCUGUGACGCAGCCAGCUGCGACCGGGAGACCCAUGAGGCGGGGCACAAUUUGCCCAGCGUCGUCCAGGUUAGGGGAGGGUUUGGCCGGUCGGGAUGUCCUUGUCCAUCACGCUCCAGCGACUCCUUGUGUCGGGCCAGGCACAUGCACGCUGACUUCGGUCGCCAGUUGUACAGGUCGUGUUUUGGAGGAAGCAUGGCUCUCGACCUUCGCCUCUCCCGAGUCCGUACGGGAGUUGCAAGACUGUAACUACCAAUUUGAUAUCACGGAAUUGGGGAGAAAAAGGGGUAAAAAGUAAAAAUAAAGGAUCUCUCUGUACUUUGCUCCGUUCAUCUUUCCCUCGAUCCUGACUAGUCUCCCAGUCCCUGCCACUGAAAAACAUACCCACAGCAUGAUGCUGCCACCACCAUGCUUCACCGUAGGGAUGGUGCAAUGUUUCCUCCAGACGUGACGCUUGGCAUUCAGGCCAAAGUGUUCAAUCUUGGUUUCAUCAGAUCAGAGAAUCUUGUUUCUCAUGGUCUGAGAGUCCUUUAGGUGCCUUUUGGCAAACUCCAAGCGGGCUGUCAUGUGCCUUUUACUGAGGAGUGGCUUCCGUCUGGCCACUCUACCAUAAAGGCCUGAUUGGUGGAGUGCUGCAGAGAUGGUUGUCCUUCUGGAAAUUUCUCCCAUCUCCACAGAGGAACUCUGGAGCUCUGUCAGAGUGACCAUCGGGUUCUUGGUCACCUCCCUGACCAAGGCCCUUCUCCCCUGAUUGCUCAGUUUGGCUGGGCGGCCAGCUCUAGGAAGAGUCUUGGUGGUUCCAAACUUCUUCCAUUUAAGAAUGACGGCGGCCACUGUGUAUUGGUACCCUUCCCCAGAUCUGUGCCUCGACACAAUCCUGUCCCAGAGCUCUACGCACAAUUCCUUCAAACUCAUGGCUUGGUUUUUGCUCUGACAUGCACUGUCAACUGUGGGACCUUAUAUAGACAGAUGUGUGCCUCUCCAAAUCAUGUCCAAUCAAUUGAAUUUACCACAGGUGGACUCCAAUCAAGUUGUGGAAUCAUCUCAAAGAUGAUCAAUGGAAACAGGAUGCACCUGAGCUCAAUUUCGAGUCUCAAAUCAAAGGGUCUGAAUACUUAUGUAAGUAAGGUAUUUCAGUAGUAAAACAUUGUUUUUCAUUUUGAAUACAUUAGCAAACAGUUCUAAAAACCUGUUUUCGCUUUGUCAUUAUGGGGUAUUGUGUGUAGAUUGAUGAGGAUUCUUAUUUAUUUAAUCAAUUUUAGAAUAAGGCUGUAACGUAACAAAAAGUGGAAAAAGGGAAGGGUCUGAAUACUUUCCGAAUACACUGUAUAUUUCAGGAAAAUGUGCCACACGGAUUUAAUGUAAUUAUUUAUGGAUGACAUGAUUUAUUGACAACAUCUUGAUGUGCCAGUGAAGCUUUCAUUCUAGAUUGCAAUUAUGCCUAUUAACUGUACAUUUAGGAGAGUGCAGAGAGGACGUCAGGUACAGUUAAAACACAAGGGCUGCGAAACUAGUCAGCUCUUCAUGGAGUACACGGCACCUCUAAAUCUCAGUUUAACAUUUUAGCAAAUCACAUCUCCUCGUGUCUCAUUCCGAUCUGCCUUGACAGUCAGUGACUGUCCAUAUAUUCAUGUCACAAGAUGGUUUCUAAUCAUUUUCUCCAUCUGUUUGUGUGUGCCGUCUGCAGGUACGAGAAGGUCCCAGUGAUCCUGGUGGGGAACAAGGUGGACCUGGAGAGUGAGAGGGAGGUGUCGGCCAGCGAGGGCCAGGCUCUGGCCGAGGAGUGGGGCUGCCCCUUCAUGGAGACCUCGGCCAAGAGCAAAACCAUGGUGGACGAACUGUUCGCCGAGAUCGUUCGGCAGAUGGACUACGCCGCCCAGCCAGACAAGGAUGACCCAUGCUGCUCCUCCUGCAAUAUACAAUAG